GUAUAGAUUAGGUAGGUAAGAUACGAUAACAUUAAACUACGAUAAUAUUUAACCAUCGUCGUUAUUAGUUUCAUUACGAGUACGUUAAAUAGAUUGUACAUAAUCCUUAUACAUAAUCCUUAUGCCUGCCGCAGCGAAAAAGGUCGUAUCUCACUUUUUUUCAUUUUCGAGUUACGACCAUAUUUAAAUAAAGAAUAAUUUCCUCUACUAUCCACGAAAACGGUCGUAUCUCUAGCUAUCCAAAGAGCUUAGAAAAACAAUUUAAUUAAAAUUCACUGAUAAUAUGAUUACCAACGAAAACAGAUGUAUGUUUAGAUACGACUUUUGAUAACAAAUAUUACCCGCGAAAAGCGGCGUAUCUAUAGCUGCUGAUAAUUAGUGAUGUCAAUUAUUAUUAAUAUUUAAUAAUUGUAAUUAGUAACUAGUAAGUACGUCCUGUCCUAGCUUACUAGUUUUACUUAACUAGUUACUUAAAAGUUUAUCAAGAGCCAAUUAGGUACAAAAGGACAAUAUUAUGGACUUUAGCGAUUCUGACUGUGACAGCAUACUAGAUACCUAUGUUUAUGGUAAUAUGAGUAGUGAUCCCGAUGAGGUUUAUGAAAUUAAUAAUGAUUGUAAUAUACCAAUACAAGAUCAGGGUUUAUUUUGCAUUGAUGAUAGUGGUUCUGAUAUUUAUGAUAGUGACAAAGAUCCAGAAUACACACCCCAAUCGGACAAUAUAUUAAGUGUAGUCAAUAAUGAUAAUACUUUUGUGAAUGAUGACUAUGGAGUUGAUGAUAAUAAUAUAAAUGAUGUAAAUUAUUCAAAAUCUUAUUAGUAUUUAGUAAUAAAUAAUAAUAUAUUAUAUUAAUUUAUUAGUAAUA